AUGAAAUAAAAAGAAACAGCUCCAUAAAGUAAAAUAAGUAAUGAAAAAACAAUGCCAAGUGAUUCAGGAAUACAUGUUCACAAAAAUACUCAUGCCAAAACUUAAAUUAUUAAUAACAAAUCAACUUCACCGUUUUCUAAUUAAAGAAUUUAAACUUAAGGAAAUAAAACUUAAAUCAUUCAAAAUGUAAAUUUUUUUCAAUUACCUUUUAGUUUUAUUUGCCUCUACAAAUAAAAAAAAUUAGAGAUGAGAUUUUAUUAGAUAAAGAAAUUCAUGAGAAAGCUUAAAAGAAGGAAGAUGCUAAAGAAUGGUUUCUUGGUAAAAUAAUUAUGUAACGUAAAUUUGGUUAUUGUAAAUAUUACAAGAAAAAAUAAUAUUAUUAUGAAGGAUAAUUUUCAUGUGACAUUAAACAUGGAAAAGGUUUAAUAAUUUAUGAAGAUGGAACACAUUAUGUAAGUGUUAUAAUAAAUUAAGUAAGGAGAAUUUUUUGCUGAUAAAAUUCUUGGUGAUAAUGGUAUGUUUAAAGAUUUUGAAGAUGAAUGUUAGAAAAAUACAAAACUGGAAAAAAAAAAAUUAGAGUUUCCAAAUGGAGCUAUAUAUUAAGGGUAAGUUCUUGAUGGUAAAAGACAUGGUAAAGGAAUUUAUACUUGGAAAGAUGGUACUAAAUAUGAAGGUUCAUUUGAAAAUGAUUAAAUUAAUGGAUUUGGUAUUAUGGAAUUUGCAGAUAGUAGAAAAUAUAAAGGAGAAUGGGUUAAUGGAGAAAUGGAAGGAUUUGGUUAAUUUAUUUGGCCAAAUUUAGAAGAAUAUAAAGGAUUUUAUAAAUAAAGCAAAAGAAAUGGUUUUGGAGUAUUUAAAUAUAAAAGUGGAAUUAGAUAUUUUGGUGAAUUUCUUAAUGGAUUAAAUCAUGGUGCUGCAGUUUUAAUGUAAUCUAAUCAUUAACCUAAAAUCUCCAAAUGGUAAGAUGGAAAAUAAAUUGAAUGA